ACCGUAAUCAUAUUGCGCCUCUUCUGCCGCCUCUUCUGUAGCGCUAGUUAAAACGUACGAGUCAAGGCGCGUUUUGGUGUUGUCUGAAUCAUCUGUUCUCCAGACCUACAUCAUUAAAAUAUUCAAUUUAUGAAAAAAAAACUUAAAUAAUAUUAUACAUAUUGCUGGCUUUCUUAAUUUUUUAAAGAUAUAUAGGGUAGCCUGAUCCCUAACAGGCACAAAGGCCAUGAAGCUCACGGACAAUGUGUUGCGGAGCUUCAGGGUAGCUAAGGUGUUUCGAGAGAAUUCGGACAAAAUCAACUGUUUUGACUUCAGUUCGAAUGGGGAGACGGUGAUUUCGAGCAGCGAUGAUGACUCUAUAGUCUUAUAUGACUGCCAGGAGGGAAAACCAAAGCGAACGUUGUACAGCAAGAAGUAUGGAGUGGACCUCAUCAGAUACACACACGCAGCCAACACCGUCGUCUACAGCUCCAACAAAAUUGAUGACACUAUUCGGUAUCUGUCGCUACAUGACAACAAGUACAUUCGGUACUUCCCUGGACACAACAAGAGGGUGGUGGCGCUCUCCAUGUCACCUGUGGAUGACACCUUCAUCUCCGGCUCGCUGGAUAAAACCAUUCGACUCUGGGACCUCCGCUCCCCAAACUGCCAGGGCUUGAUGCACCUACAGGGAAAGCCGGUGUGCUCGUUCGAUCCAGAGGGUUUGAUCUUCGCAGCGGGGGUCAACUCUGAGAUGGUUAAGCUUUAUGACCUGCGCUCAUUUGACAAGGGUCCAUUUGCCACGUUUAAGUUGCCCUAUGAGCGCACGUGUGAGUGGACCGGCCUGAAGUUCAGUAAUGACGGGAAGCUGAUCCUGGUCUCGACCAAUGGGGGAACCCUGCGCCUCAUGGAUGCCUUCAAGGGGGCUGUUCUUCAUUCUUUUGGGGGCUACAACAACAGCAAAGCGGUGAUUCUGGAGGCUUCGUUUACUCCCGACUCUCAGUUUAUAAUGAUCGGCUCUGAGGAUGGGAAGAUCCACGUUUGGAAUGCAGAGAGUGGGAUGAAGGUGGCGUUGCUAGACGGCAAACACACGGGACCCGUCACGUGUCUACAGUUCAACCCCAAGUUCAUGACCUUCGCUAGUGCCUGCUCCAACAUGGCUUUCUGGUUACCCACCAUCGAUGAUUGACAGCAGUUCAGGCUGGGGAGGGAGGGAGCGCUACACCUUGUGGGGGCUGGUUAUUGGAUGUUCCAUUCCAAGAACAUUACAAUUCUCAGUUCUUCAGGAUUUGUAAAUAGGUUAUCAUCAAGAGAUUCAUAUGUUGUGUUUUGUUCUAUUAUGUUCCUUUUUAUAUUGUUAUCAAUAAACUCUUUAAUCUGAAA